GACUCAAGUCUUGGGCUUUAAACCCAAGCCCGACCCAUAACGACGUCGUAAGCUGGUAACAAUCAAAAGGGCGGGGCACGGCGCCAAGUUCCCAAACCGUCGUCACUGGUAGCUCUGAACGAUGGAGGAAGCAAAAGCGGCGGCGUACUACGAAGACCUAACCCGCCGAGGCGAAGGCGCCGCCAGAUUCAAACAAGGCCUCGGUUUCUCAUCGGCGAAGUCCGAUUCCGAAAAUGCCCCUGCGCGCGGUUCGGCGGUGGCGUAUACUUCCUCGUCUUCCUUCAUGAGCAAAUUCGUCAAGGCCUCCAGCCCUAGCAAGACGACGGAGGUCGAAAAGCAAGCGCAGAUCCAGUCGAUUCAGAACAAGCUGAAGAGGAAGAAGCCGGAGGAGCUGGCCGGAGAGGAAGAGAAGCGGCGGCCUAGGGUUUCGGAGAGGGAUAAGCGGAGUAGAAGCAGAGAGAGGGAGUCGAGGCGUAGGAGUAGGAGCAGAGAGAGGUAUAGAGAUAGGGAGAGAGAUAGAGAGAGAAGCAGGAGGAGGAGGAGGAGGAGCAGGUCUGGGAGUGAAUCGGACGGAGAUAGGAGACGAAGGAGUCGGUCACCUCGGAAUCGGAGAAAGGAACGGCGGAGGAGCCGGAGCCGGAGCUCGUCGCCGCCGAGGGAGAGGCGUUUGGAGAAGAGCAGAGAUAAAUUGGAGAAGGAGAGGAGUGGCGGUGGUGCUGACUAUUACAAAUUGAUUCAAGGCUAUGACAAAAUGUCUGCAGCGGAGAGAGUAAAAGCGAAAAUGAAACUCCAACUUGCUGAAACGGCUGAGAAGGACACAACCAAAGGCAUGGAUGGUUGGGAAAGAUUUGAAUUCGAUAAAGAUGCACCACUAGAUGAUGAGGAGAUUGAAGUUGCUGAAGACGAUGCAGCGCUCGUCAAUCACAUAGGCAAAAGCUUUCGGUUUUCAGCAUUUGAGACAAAAAGGGAGGAGCGGAUCAAAGCGGCUCAUGAUGAGGCAAUGUUUGGUGCAUCAGAUAAUCAACCAUCCAUUAUGAUAGACAGUGACGUUGAGGCAGAGAAUGAUAAUAAGGACUGCAAAGAAAGUGAGCCUCCAAGCCUCUUGAGUGAGAAGGUACUUGCCAAAAAACAGGGUUCGUGGCGUGAUCGUAUACGCCACAACAAUUGACACGGAUCAAUGGCGUGGAAGAGGUUGUUGAUGACCUGAUUCUGAAUCAUUAACGAGCCAAUGGUUAGGAUCAGCAACUGUAGCCAAGGGAGUGUCGUGAAUUUGUGCAUGCAACAUUCAGUUUUCAUAUGAACUUUCAUAGUGGAGGCAUCACACAGUGGAGAGGAGCUGCAUUGAAAUUAACAAGGAAGAAGCUUCUAUCUCCCACGAACAGCACAGGCCCAACAGUUUCAAUUAUGCCAUAUAAUUAGUGAUUGUUACGCUCAAAGCAGCCUACUUAGAGAAUCCAAACUUGGGUAGAAAAUUUGUGUUUCUCAUGGCAUCAUCGGGCUGGCUUUUUCCGCUGUGAGAUGAAAUGCCAAUAGAAGUGGUCUUGGUAGUCUUUAAGAUUAGGCUUUCUGUACUAUAUUUGUAUAUGGACUACGCGGCUCUGCACAUGAUAUAGUUCUCUAUGAGGUCCCUGGAAACCUAUGUAUCCUCUAAUUCCAAUGUGCUAGCUAGGGAGGUACCAGUUUAAUUUAGUCUGUUAUUGUUGAAUUUUAUGUAUCCCCUAUUCCAUUAUGGUGUUGUAGGAUUUUCUUC